GUAGAUUUGGCGGAACUUGGAGAUGCUGUUUGCGUCACAAGCAAGUUUAGCAGAAGACGUAUGAUACAUUAGAUGAGACAGUCUUAAGGAGCUGGGUCGGAGACAAGACCGAGAGAAAUGGAGGAGGAUAUUAGAAAGAAGGGGAUGAUGUAUUUACAACAACAGCGGUUUGGGAAGAAAUGGCGUAAGGUCUGGUCUGUCCUGUACCGAGAGAGCUCCUGCUCCAUCUCUCGCCUUGAGUUUUUUGAGUUUAAAGAUGGAGCUGGCAACAUGCUGGAGAAAGCCAACCGCAAACAGGAAAACAAAAAGGUGAUAAAAAUGAAUGACUGCAUUCGUGUUUCGGAGGCUGAUGUUGAAGGCUGUCCAUGGGAUUGUGGACCUUUUUUGGUGGAGACAACUGAAAAGACAUUUAUUUUCGCUGCUGAGACUGCUGAACUUGAGGACUGGAUCCAGAAACUGUGUGAAAUCGCCUUUCCGAUGAGCUGGACAGAGAGAGGAGCAGAGAGAGGAAACAGUUUACAUGCUGAAUCUGAUGACGUCACGAUGGCGGACAACACUCUCUACUGCAGCAGAGAAACUGCAAUGAAAGACUUUAAGGUGACGGUGAGGCAUACAGAGGCUUCUGAGAGAUGCAGCCUGAAAGGAACAGUGCUGUUACGGACUGAUUUUGAUAGCCUCCUUCUGAAGGAACCGAAGACGGGAGAGGUUCUCUACUCCUGGCCCUAUCGCUUCCUCCGCAGGUUCGGACGAGACAAGGCAACAUUCUCCUUUGAGGCUGGGCGAAGAUGCGACUCGGGGGAAGGCAACUUUGAGUUCGACACAAAGCAAGGAAACAGCAUCUUCCAAUCUGUAGAGGCCGCCAUCAAUCUACACAGAGUCAAUUUACCUCAGAAGCAGAUAUCAAGUGGGGAGCGAGAUACCAUGCCCCCUUCACCUCAAAUGAGAGCUGUGGCAGAGAAUGCAGGUAUCUACAGUGUGGUGACUGAUGGAGCAAUCAGAGACGGACCCAAACAACCACAGAACCCUCAGCAAACCAGACUUGAAGCCCCUGCAGAGAAACUUCUGACCGGAGUCAAGAGCCUGACACUGGACACCAGGCCUCCGCCGCGAAAGAGCCAGGUCAAGAACUUCCGCAGCUGUCCUUUGGUCAACAGUGAGGAUGAGAUGUAUUCCCGGGCCAUGGCCCCUGAUCCAGAUCGGGGAAGUCCAGGGGAGAAGAGAGAACCAAAAGAACGACGUUCCAAAUGCUCCAACCCUGAGGACUCUGACUACUCGCUGCCCUUUGACACCAUUGCCAAGAACGUUAUGGGAGACAUUUUGUCUGCAUCAAACCCUCCACCCAUGUUCGUAGAACCCAGUUGUGAAAAUGACAAGAAAGGCAAUAUAGAAAACACAGAACCACUUUAUGACAUUAUAGAUGAAACUGCAAUCAGAACCCGUUUCUCAAACAGAAAAACACAUUCUUACAAACGAGUGGAGCACAUUUAUGAUGAACCAGAGGGUUGUGGUGUGGCCCCAAGUGUGCCUCCAUCGCUCUAUGAUGAACCAGAGAAGGUCAAAGGUCAUGCUUGGAAGAUGUUGGGUACAGUAAUGGAUCCGAGCGGUCAUGAGUACCCAUACAAUGCUUCUGCCGAUGACUAUGCGGUUCCUAAACCUCCCAGGAGGGCCUUGCUUUCAAAGCAGAAGGACAACGAGGAAGAGGACAGUUCACCCUAUGAUAACAUUAUGGUGAAAGGAGUGCAAAAGAAUAACUAAGGACUGCUUCAGAAUCUAAAGAGGACAAUGAAGUUAAAUAUAAGUGAGUGUGCGAAUGAAUGAAUGAAAUAUUUAAUCAAUUAAUAUGCAUAAUAUGGAUAAUAGUCAUCAGAGUGCUUUACUGUUCUUCAAAAAGCUGUGAUCUGCAGCACGUAUCAUGAUGUUGGUCAAUAUGAUUAACAGUUCAAUUCCUCUGGGGGUGAAUCACUGGAGCCUAACUUUAACCAAAUGCGCUAAAAUUGCAUUAAAUUGUCAUUAUUUCAC